AUGGCUCAGAAAGAGUCUAAGCACUCUCAGGAACGCUCUGAAGCGUAUCAAUCACAUCUUAUUAACAUCCUCUCAGACUCUAACCUACCUAUAGGUGGAUUUGUUUCGUCUUCAGGAUUAGAAUCAUAUCUGGCUCACUCGUUCAUCACCACCGAUAGCGAACGUACCAAGGAAUUAACCGAAUUUGCUAGGCUUAACGUAGUCAAUUACGCUUCUUUAUCAAUUCCAUUCAUGAAUGGUGUCUUCACAGCUAUCGAAUAUAGUGACGCAGAAGCUGUGGUUGAGUCUGUUAUGAAGCUUGAUCGUUUAUAUCAUGCUAUGUGCCUUAAUACAGUCACAAGAAGAUCAUCUCUUGCACAAGGUGCUGCAAUGGUGAUGCUUUAUACAAAAUCGUUUUCUAGCGCAGAUCAAACUGUGAUGGACGUAUUGAAAACACGAGUGCGUGCUAGUAAACGAAACUUACAUUUCCCCAUCGCUUACGCGCUCACGAGUGGUCUUCUAGGCUUAUCAUGUGCUCGUUCUAUCGAUCUUCAUCUAUUCCUUUACAUUCGAUCGAUACUUUCUGCAGCAGUUCGACUUAACCUUAUUGGACCUUAUCUUUCUCAACGAAUCCUUUUCUCAGAUAUACGACCUAUGUUGGAUGAUGUGAUGGCCAAUUUGAAGAACCGAAGAUUAUCCAAAUCUGAUCAAAUUAGAUGUGGUUUGAUGAUUGUAGAAAAAAACUCAAGCAAAGACGAUGAUUGUGCUCAGGUUGAUGAAGACGAUAGCGACGAUGAGGAUGUCGGUGCUACCACGACGUGGCCUUUGGGAGAUAUCCUUAGUGCUAGACAUGAUUUGUGUCACGUUAGACUAUUUAACUCUUGA